GGGCGGGGGAGGGGGCUGGUGGAAGCCCGAGGGAGGAGAAGGAGGGAGGAACUUCCCAAAGUUGCAAAACAUGGCUACCUUGCCUGCCGACCCGAGCGCGGGGCCGGCGGCCGGUGGGGAGGCGGUGGCGGCGGCAACCGAAGAGGAGGAGGAGGAAGCGCGCCAGCUCCUGCAGACUUUGCAGGCGGCCGAGGGUGAGGCAGCGGCGGCGGCCGGGGCCGGGGCGGGCGAAGCGGCUGCGGGAGCGGAGGACUCGGGGUCCCCGGGCGUCCCCGGGUCACCCCCGGAGACCGCUGCCGAGCCGCCCACGGGCCUCCGCUUCUCGCCGGAGCAGGUGGCGUGCGUUUGUGAGGCGCUGCUACAGGCGGGCCACGCCGGCCGCUUGAGCCGCUUCCUGGGCGCACUGCCCCCGGCCGAGCGCCUACGUGGCAGCGACCCGGUGUUGCGCGCAAGGGCCUUGGUGGCCUUCCAGCGGGGCGAGUACGCUGAGCUCUACCGGCUAUUGGAGAGCCGCCCCUUCCCCGCCGCCCACCACGCCUUCCUGCAGGACCUCUACCUGCGCGCGCGCUACCACGAGGCCGAGCGAGCUCGCGGCCGCGCGCUGGGCGCAGUGGACAAAUACCGGCUACGCAAGAAGUUCCCGCUGCCUAAGACCAUCUGGGACGGCGAGGAGACCGUCUACUGCUUCAAGGAGCGCUCCCGCGCCGCGCUCAAGGCCUGCUAUCGCGGCAACCGCUACCCAACGCCGGACGAGAAGCGCCGCCUGGCCACGCUCACCGGCCUCUCGCUCACGCAGGUCAGCAACUGGUUCAAGAACCGGCGACAGCGCGACCGGACCGGGACUGGUGGCGGCGCGCCCUGCAAGAGCGAGUCUGAUGGGAACCCCACUACUGAGGAUGAGUCCAGCCGAAGUCCUGAGGACCUGGAGAGGGGGGUGGCCCCAGUGGCUGCGGAGGCCCCCACCCAGAGCUCCAUAUUCCUUGCAGGGGCCACCCCCUCCACUCCGUGCCCCGCCUCCCCCUCCAUCCUGGUGAAUGGGAGCUUCCUGGCCGCCAGCAGCUCCCCAGCAGUUCUCCUCAAUGGCAGCCCUGUCAUCAUCAAUAGCCUGGCUCUGGGAGAGGCCUCCAGCCUGGGCCCCCUACUGCUCACAGGAGGAGGGGGUGCUCCUCCACCACAGCCCAGUCCCCAGGGGACCAGUGAGGCCAAGACCUCCCUUGUCAUGGACCCUCAGACUGGGGAGGUUCGGCUAGAGGAGGCUCAUUCUGAGGCCCCUGAGACCAAAGGGGCCCAGGUGGCUGCUUCUGGGCCAGUUGGAGAGGACAUGGCAGGGCCCCUGCCUCAAGUGGUACCUGGCCCCCCACCAGCUGCAUCCUUCCCUCUGCCUCCAGGACCAGUGCCCACUGUGGCUGCCCCACAGGUGGUGCCACUCUCUCCACCCCCCGGGUACCCCACCAGCCUAGGCCCCAACUCCCCACUGUUGAACUUGCCCCAGGUGGUGCCCACCUCCCAGGUGGUGACCCUGCCCCAGGCUGUGGGGCCAUUGCAGCUGUUGGCAGCUGGACCAGGCAGCCCUGUGAAGGUGGCAGCUGCAGCAGGCCCUGCCAACGUGCACCUGAUAAACUCCGGGGUGGGCGUGACUGCCCUGCAGCUGCCUUCAGCCACCGCCCCAGGAAACUUCCUCCUGGCCAACCCUGUGUCGGGCAGCCCCAUCGUCACAGGUGUGGCCGUGCAGCAGGGCAAGAUCAUCCUCACAGCCACCUUCCCCACCAGCAUGCUAGUCUCCCAGGUCUUGCCACCGGCUCCCAGCCUGGCCCUGCCCCUGAAGCCAGAGACAGCCAUCUCAGUGCCCGAAGGCGCCCUCCCAGUGGCCCCCAGCCCGGCCCUCCCAGAGCCCCACACCCUGAGCACACUUUCUGCACAGCAGCCAACACCCCCCACGGCGGCCACCUCUGCAGCCAGUCUGCCCUUCUCCCCGGACUCCUCUGGCCUCCUGCCCAGCUUCCCAGCACCCCCGCCAGAGGGUCUGAUGCUGUCGCCUGCGGCUGUGCCAGUCUGGCCAGCAGGGCUAGAACUGAGCACAGGAACAGAGGGGCUGCUAGAUGCCGAAAAGGGGCCGGGGGCACAGGUUCCCCACAUUGUGCUGAGGCUGCCAGACCCCGACCCUGAGGGGCUGCUACUGGGGGCCACUGCAGGGGCUGAGGUUGACGAGGGGCUAGAAGCCGAGGCCAAGGUCCUGACCCAGCUACAGUCGGUGCCCGUGGAAGAGCCCUUGGAACUGUAACCAGCCCAGCUUCCCACUUCUUCUGACAAUGGUGCUCAAGAUGCAGGGACAGUGCUGCAGUCUGAGGGUCCCACACACUGCACCCCUCCAGCCUGGGUGACCCAUUUAGUCCUGGAGGGGCCAAGGAACACGCUGUCCACUCCCUGUCCAGGACUCUGUCCCUUUCUGGAUGGGAGGCCUCUGUUACAGUCCUCUCCUUGCUCUGCCCUGCCAUAUAUAGUGGGGCCCUUGGGGGUCCUGACGUGGGCUCCGCUCUCCUCCAUCUGGUACUAGCGAGAGCUGACGACCCUCCAAACGGCUGGCUCUCCUCCUCCCUCCCUGACACACUGUUAAUAGUUCCACUGACCCAGUGUUCUCAGAACUGCUUGGAAUCCGAGGGUGGAGGACAAAGUUCUGGGCCCAGAGACUGAUGGACCCUUCCCCAUGCUUCUCCCUUCUUGCUAAGAAGGGGUGCAGGUGUAGGGAGAGUGGGUCUCCCCUUCACUCUGGACUAAAGCCGCAUCACCUCUAGCCCCAGACCAAAGAUUCCCUUGUCCCCGGGGCAACCCUGACCCUUGUGUUUAGUUUGUAUCCUAAAUCUUUAUUUUUCUAGGACAUGUUAUGCCUCCAUUUCAAUUAAAAUAAACUUAACAGAACCACCA